CUUGUUUCUUAAUUCUUUAUCCUAGUAUCUCUCUCUCUUUUUUUCUUCGAUAUCUCGUUCUGCCUCCCUCUCUUUGUUUCAGAUCUCUGUCUUGCCUCCCUGUCUCGCUUUUGCCUUCCUAGGGUUUUACUUUAAUUCCCCUCUUACUCACUAAAUUUAGGGUUUCGCUUAAUUUCACACCCUCGUAUUUCAUCUCUUUUCAGUUUCGUAUUCUUUAAUUCAAUUCAUCCAUAGGUAUAAGUAUAGUUAUGGAACCAGCUCGCAAAAGAGGUAGACCUGAUGCUGCUUUUAAUGGUAAUGGCGGAUUCAAGCGGAAUAAACAAGAAAUGGAGACCUUUACACCUGGUAUAGGAAGCAAAUCAAAGACAUGCACAAAGUUUUUCAGUACUUCGGGGUGUCCAUUUGGCGAGGGCUGCCACUUCCUACACUAUGUACCUGGUGGUAUUUCUGCAGUGUCUCAGAUGACCAACUUAGGUGGAAACCAAACUCAUAUGCAACCUUCAAGACAUGCAGUGGGCCCACCACCAAUGACACCUGAUAUUACAUCUCCAACAUCUGCUAAAACCCGAAUGUGCACCAAAUUUAACUCUGCAGAAGGUUGUAAAUUUGGGGACAAAUGUUAUUUUUCUCAUGGAGAGAGGGAAUUUGGGAAAGCCCCGUCGUACGAAGGAUCUUUGGCCCCUUCUUCACAUAUGAUGGGUAGGAUGCCUAGUAGGUACGAGCAACAACCUCCACCACAAAGCCUCGCUGCUGCAGCAAGCUUUGGUGCCUCCGCAACUGCUAAGAUCAGUGUAGAUUCAUCUCUUACCGGAGCAAUCAUAGGGAAGGGUGGUGUAAAUUCAAAGCAAAUCUGUCGUCUGACUGGAGUGAAGCUUGCAAUACGGGAGCAUGAAUCAGAUCCUAACUUGAAAAACAUUGAGCUUGAGGGUACCUUUGAUCAGAUUAAACAAGCUAGCGCAAUGGUUCGCGAAUUAAUUGUUAAUGUUGCUGCUGCCACGGGACCCAUGAAGAACCAUCAUCCUCAUGGAGCACCGACACCUGCAUAUGGGCCAGGAGGUAACAACUUUAAGACGAAGAUGUGUGAUAACUUCGCCAAGGGGUCAUGCACAUUUGGGGAGAAGUGCCAUUUUGCACAUGGUGCAAGUGAUUUGCGCAAGCCUGGAAUGUGACGCCCUUUCCUUUCUCUAUCUGGUCCAGUUUUUGUUCUAAUUUUUCAUCUUGUCAGUCAGUUAGGUUUCUACUGAUGUUUUAUUUGUAGUUAUGUAAAUCCUUCUCUGAGGCUUUAUUAAUUCCUAGAGAUUUAGCAGAUUUUCUGUAAGGUGAGGAUAUGACAAAUAUCAGUAACAAAAGAUUUAACCCUAUCAUGCAUUUCUGAUGGUUAAAUUGAUUAUCUAAAUUGGCAGUAUGACUUUAGUUGAA